CCUCGGCGGCGGAAGCGGCAGCGGAGGCGGUAGCGGAGGUGGCAGCGGUUCCGGAAGUGGCGCUGUUGCCACCAGCGCCACGCGCCUUUGCCACUACGACAGCGGCCACGAACUCGACGAAAUAUCGGUCGUAGGAGUUGGGAACCGGAACGGGGAGAGCCUGACGCCAACUACUCCUUGCCACUGCAAGUAUGGAAGUGGACAAACACUCUACAGCGUUGCCACUUCCGUUCCUCCAGCCCCAGCGGUACCCGCCCCCAGAGUCGUCCCUGGGAUCAUCACUACCGCUGGUCCAGGCAUCGUUGGCGAACGGCUCGGCGACUCGGCUUCCGUUCUGGCGUGCGAAAAGAUGAGAGAAACCGCGACAAGGAUGAGGACCGAAGAUUCUACCAAGAGCAUGGACAGCAUGUCUAGGGGUGGACUCAACUCCCGGCAAAGCCUUCUCGACCUUGUCAGUUGCAAACUGAUGGGCAGACACACGCCCAGUCACCAUUAUUAUCACCAACAACAGCAGCAGGUUUACUCUGUGUCGCAGCGAUACUUCUCAUCGUCGAGGGACUCCCUGUCUGCAGCGUACGUAAACAGAGCGGCGGUCGUUAGUUCAGCGGCCAGCGAGCUUGAUCUGAGCAGAAGAACACGCCGGAGAGACCUCAGAGGGCGAUUGAAACUUCCGAAUGCCAUUACCCUCGCCCCUUCAAGGGACAGUGGCGCCCACCUUCACAACCAGUCCUCUACUAAUCACCUCAAUACUACUGGCAGCUGCAAUGGGACCGAAACGAGAUAUACGGCUCAUCAACAGCAACAGCAACGUGGCAGUAGAGGAUUUCCGGGACAACCCGGAACCCGAGGAUUCAGGACGGGGGCGCCAAAUUGGUCCUUCGUCUUUGAUCCUGCAGGACGUUUAUGCUACUACUGGUCAAUGGUUGUGUCCCUCGCCUUCCUCUACAACUUCUGGGUCAUCAUCUAUAGGUUCGCUUUUCAGGAAAUUAACGGUGAGACUCUGGUCGUUUGGUUCUGCCUCGACUAUCUUUCCGACCUUCUUUACCUCGUCGAUAUCGUCUUCCACUUCCGUACCGGAUAUCUCGAGGACGGCGUACUGCAAACAGACUCAACCAAGCUGAGGCACCACUAUAUGAACAGCACCACGUUCUACAUUGACUGCCUCUGCCUUUUGCCACUUGACUUUUUGUACUUGUCGAUCGGCUUCAACAGCAUACUCAGGAGCUUCAGGCUCGUCAAAAUAUACCGGUUUUGGGCUUUCAUGGACCGGACGGAGAGACACACCAACUAUCCAAACCUCUUCCGUUCCACCUCGUUGAUCCACUAUCUGCUGGUGAUAUUUCACUGGAACGGUUGCCUUUACCAUUUGAUAUGCAAGAACAAUGGUUUUGGCAGUAAAAAUUGGGUCUUCGGCGACUCGGAGACCGCUGACGUGGUCAAACAAUACCUGCAGAGUUACUACUGGUGCACACUCGCCCUGACGACGAUCGGUGACCUGCCCAGACCAAGAAGUAAAGGCGAAUACUUAUUCGUGAUAGCGCAACUACUUUUCGGAUUACUUCUCUUCGCAACGGUUCUCGGUCACGUUGCGAAUAUCGUUACUUCCGUCAGUGCGGCCAGGAAGGAGUUUCAGGCGAAACUUGACGGCGUUAAAACGUACAUGCGAAUGCGAAGGGUGCCCAAUCAUUUGCAGGUCAAGGUGAUCAAGUGGUUUGACUAUCUGUGGCUAACCCAGAAAUGUUCUGACGAAGAAAAGGCAGUUAGUUGUUUACCAGACAAACUGAAAGCCGAAAUGGCGAUAAACGUGCAUUUGGACACGUUAAAGAGAGUUGAAAUCUUCCAAAAUACGGAAGCAGGCUUCCUCUGUGAAUUGGUGCUGAGAUUACGACCCGUCCUCUUCUCACCCGGUGAUUAUAUAUGCCGUAAAGGUGAGGUGGGAAAGGAAAUGUACAUAGUGAACAGGGGUCGCCUACAGGUGGUAGCGGACAACGGAAAGACCGUCCUGGCGACGCUCAAGGCGGGUUCCUACUUCGGAGAAAUCAGCAUCCUCAAUAUGGGGACUGCAGGUAAAGAGUGCGGUAACCGGAGAACAGCUAGCGUCCGUUCCGUCGGAUACUCGGACCUGUUCGUGCUAAGUAAAAAGGACAUGUGGGACGUCCUCAAGGAGUAUCCAGCGGCCAGGGUACGACUGGAAGCAAUCGCCGUAAAAAGACUGGAGAAAUACAAGAGGGCACCGCUUGAAAAAGCGGCCAUGGGUAGGUGCCAGAGCACACCCGGCUUGGUGGAGUCGCGGGGUCGGGUUCCCCUCGAGGAGAUGUGGGUCUCGGCGCUGGAAGCGCGGAAUCAGGCGCCGAUGUUCGCGUCGGCGGUGCCGGUAGCGAUGGUGGCGGCCUCUACGACGGCGGCGCACUCGUUAUUCUCUCCCUUGCCGAGUCCAGUCGCAUCGCGUUGUCAGCAAAGUAGCCACGGUAGCGGCGCAAACGCUGUGGCCGCUAACAACAACAACAAUAACAACAGUAACAAUAAUAAUAACAAUAACAGCAAUACUAAGAGCAUGGAGAGCUCCAUGAGCGCUACCAGCAGCGGACACAGCAACGAGGAUCAGAACCAGAGGCCGCCUAUUACCGGUGCUUCCCUCCAAAUCUUCAGUGGAAAACAAUCCUCGCCAUCCGGAACAACCUGCAACAGCACGAGUCCGCUGGUGCAGUGUGAGGGCGCAACGCCACUUCUGGGAACGCACGAGGCGCUCCUCGCUGAGAUAAAGCGUCUCCGUGAGCGUCUAGUGACACUGGAGACGGAAAACGCGGCGAUGAGCGUAAAGCUGAACCAGCAGCAGUGGGAGGUGGAGCACAGACUAGCCGAAAUCGAGAUGCAGAUAUGCGGCGCGAGUUCGUCGUCGAGUCUAGAGGACAACGAGCGCAACCGUGAAAGCAUCAUUUAA